UACCGUGCACUCCUGCUCACCAUGCGUGCCGCAAGAAAGUCUCUUUGGGGUAGUCUCCAACGCAAAAGGCAGCUUACCUUCGAUCACCAAUACUACUUUGGAAAUCAUGUUAUUGAUUCACUGUUUGCGAUGGAGGACAUUGCUGCAGCCGUGGCAGAGUUCAUACCGGAUGAAGGUGCCCGAUUCGACAUCGGCUCGACUAUUUUUCGCAUGGGGCGGCAAACGUUUGCGAUUCUCCUCUGGAAUCAUGAAGAAGAAUCCAUCACCAAAUUCAUUGAGCACAGGGUCCUCGAUGGCCGAUUGCCGCUUGAGAAAAGUCUCGCUGAGCGCAUAGUACCUGAUUUUGGGGAAUCAUUCGCGUUGGAAUGGCAAUGGCACUUUCUUCCAUUCACCCUCGACUCUGAUCUGCAACUACAUCAUGGUAUUGUUGAGCAUGAGCGCAUCUUUCCCUACGUAUACCAGGAGAGUAUAGGGGAAGGUGCAUUUGGAGAAGUGCUGUUGACCGCUGUGGAUUCGUCACAACAAACGCUCACAACGUCCGUGGCCACGCGAGCUGCGGAAGAAGGUCAAUUCAUUCCAGAUCUACAAGUCGUCCAAAUGAAGAUCGGCGACGAUGAACUCCCAGUUGUUAGAAUUGCCCGAAAGCGAUUCAAACUGCCCCAAAGCCAAACCGAGGAAUCUCGAGACCGGAUGAUCGCGAAUGAAAGGAGUUGUUUAAGAGAGUUGGGCCGCUUGAAGCACCGAAAUAUCAUUCAGAUGUUGGGUAGUUACGCUUAUCGAGAUGAGCGUAGUAUUCUAUUCCCCCACGUCGAAAUGAAUUUGGAGGAAUUCCUGAAACGGUCCGAUCGUUUUGGAGAUUUCAUCCACGAUCGCACCUUCUUUUCUGCUCUUCAAGGACUCGCCUCUGCCUUGGCCUGCGUCCAUAAUCUGAAGCUCAACGCUGAGACCCACGGCAUCGAGCUUGAGCGGAUCGGAUACCAUCACGACUUCCGCCCCCAGAAUGUUCUCGUCAGUCCUAAGACCUUUUUGCUUGCCGAUUUUGGGUUAUCGAAACUCAAGCCAGUGGGAGAUGGGUCAAGGACCGAAUGGAAGACUGGUGGCCCUAGUUACCGUGCACCUGAGUGUACGGACAUGACUUUUCGUAGCCAAGAAGUGGGGCGCAGCAUAGACAUGUGGGCCUUCGGCUGCAUGGUCGCGGAAGUUGUCACAUACAUGAAGAGUGGCCCUGACGGCAUUACUCAAUUCAGACGAAGCAGACAUUCUCCAGGUGUUCACCCACGUGUGGAAGAUGAAAGUUUCUACAAUGGACUUGGACUCAAACCAGCGGUACAUCAAUGGUUCGACACGUUACUAGGAGAGCCAGCUUCACUAGAGCCAGCUUCACCAUACGCAGCAGAUCUGGUCGCUCUUUCACUAUCCAUGCUUGUAGUUGAUACGGACGAGAGAUUAAAAUGCCCGAGAUUGUGCAAGAAACUCAACUUCCUAUGUGCCAGGUCGCACUUAAUGCCUGCUGUGGAAGCUCUGGAGCGUUUAAUUAAUCAGAUGGAGGCAUCUCUCGAAUCUACCGAAGGGCAACCAAUUAUGGAACUCUGGUUUGAACUAGAACGACUCAAAGCUUGGGCGGCCGUGUUUGGAUUGAUUGGACAACAAAGAUUGCUAUCAAGAUUUGAUCACACAGAAAUUGAGGAGGGAGAAGUUGAGAAAUUACGAUUGGUCUCCCAUAAAAUGUUGGGCCGAUUACAACUGGAACUGAACAAAUACGACUCGAACCUACAUCACACUGACAUGAUGAAAUCGAUCGCAGUCGACACAUCUGUCCUCGACGAGAUACGAGACCUUAUACAAGACCUUUGGGAGCUGCUGUCACAGAGAAACAAAAACCGCGCGCAAUUCCUUUGGUGUGCAGAGGCGCUAGACACGCACAAAAUUGAACGUCUUCACAUACUUGAGCUCCAAAAGCCUACGGCAAGAGAUGAUCAAUACUCCAGUAUCAGCGCUCUAGCUGCAAUCAAGAGCCUCCUGCUGCAGUUCGAGCGUGAUCUGCCUUCGGAAGGAACUUGGGCGUUGCUAGCUGAGGGCGAUGUGGGUAUCGAGGAACAUUUCGGACCUAACCGUAUCGGCACCUAUCAGGGUAGUGAGAAGGUGUUCAUCGAAGUUCUGCACUACGACAAACGUUGGGAGGGUAUGGGAGUCGAAGAAAGAGCGACACGCAUGCAACUGGUUGCCGAAGGCUUUCACCAGAGCCAAGAACUGCCCGAACUUCGUGUCCCGAAAUGCAUUGGUUUCAUCCCAAUGAAGAAUGCAUUUGGCUUUCUAUAUCCUUUUCCUACCGCUACGGAUGUGCCGAAUACGCUUCUGGCGCUUCUUUAUGCAAAGCCCAAGUUGGUCCCUGCGUUAGAAACAAGAAUACAACUAGCCAACAAGCUCGUCUCAUGUAUAGCGGGGCUACAUUCGAUUGGCUGGUUACACAGAAACCUAAACUCCGACAACAUUGUUUUCUUCACUAAGCAGGGCUGUUCGACGGAAGAGGCUAUAGAGAAUCCAUACGUGAUAGGGCUUACUAGAGCGCGCCCGGAUAGCGAUGGCUGGCAUAGCGAGGGACCCAAUGAUGCUCGUAUAGUCGACUAUUCCCAUCCAGAAUACGCCAAAACACGUCGAUUUCAAGUAGCGUAUGACUACUACAGCCUUGGUAUCAUAUUGCUAGAGAUCGGACUAUGGAGAUCGGUAGGCAGUAUCACAUCUAAAUGGCCAACUGCAGCGCCUGAAGCCAUCAAGUUCACGCUUAUGGAGAAAUAUGUUAAGGAUCUGAGGUCUCAAAUGGGAAGUGCGUAUUACGGUGCCGUGCUUGCAUGCAUGGAUGGAUGCCUCCUGUCAGGGGAGGGAAGGGAGAACGCAACUACUUCGCGUCUGAACUUUUAUGAGAGAGUUGGAGAUGUUUUGGACAGAAUGUCGCGAAGUGCUCUAUAGAUUUGAAUCGUCCCGUUAACUCUAUGCUUUGGAACACUGCGACCGUCCAAACAACGAGCAUAGUAUUACCUCUCAUACUGGGAACUUGGGCUUGAUUGUUGGGGCGCUCCACAAUGCGUAUUUUCUUCUUCGAAGUUCAUUGGUUUACGGUAAGGGUGCCUAGCGGCGUAG